UCAAUACACACUGCAUCGGUGUGCGUAACAGAGACGUCAAAUAGCUUAAUAAUUUAUCGGUAUCUCCGAUUUUGUUAUGCACAUACUACCGGUGUUUCGAAAUAUUUUUAGAACGGUUAAAACUUUUAAAGGCUUCACAAACCCCCACUACUGCACGAUGGUAGACGCAAAACUGGAAGCGGUGCCGUUGGUGGAAAUCGACGAAGGCAUCUUCAAGUACGUACUGAUCAAGGUCUACGGUCGAGAAAAGGCAGAUGGAAGUGAACCGAGCAAAAACAUUGUACGCGGUUUUGCUCGAGCGCAGUGGCACUCCGAUAUCUACGAGGAAGUAAGCGGGGCACUGGCGGGACUAGGGCUCGAAACGGAAUGUCUUGGCGGGGGUCGCAUCGAGCACCGGCCAGACGAGAAACUGAUCAAGGUCUACGGGUACUCGCAGGGUUACGGCAAAGCGGAUCACCAGGAAACGAGACGCAUUCUGUUGACCCAAUAUGGUAGCUUCCAAAUUGAAACGUCAGAUGAAGGUUAUUAGUUGUUAUUGUCAACAAAAGUUAUCGGUAGUAUAUUUGAAAUACAUUCUUCCGGGUUUUAAUUUUCAAUACACUGCUAUAUUUAUGAA